GGAGGGAGCGCGGAGGGACGGAGGCGGAGGGCCGGGGAGCGGCGGGUGUAGCUCAGCCCGAGCCCGAGCCCGAGCCCGAGCCCGAACCCGAACCCGAGGCCGAGCCCGGGAGCGCCGAGCCCGGUUGGGGACCCCCUCCCAUUCAUGGAGCAGGCAUCCACCAUGGCUGAGCCCCGGGGCACUGUAGACCAUGGAGUCCAGAUUCGCUUCAUUACAGAGCCAGUGGGUGAUGCAGAGAUGGGCACCCUACGUCGUGGUGGGCGACGUCCAGCUAAGGAUGCAAGAGCCAAUACCUAUGGGGUUGCUGUGCGUGUGCAGGGCAUUGCUGGACAGCCCUUUGUAGUGCUCAACAGUGGGGAGCAAGGUGGUGACUCCUUUGGAGUCCAGAUCAAGGGGUCCAACAACAUAGGGGCUCCGGGAGCGCUGAGCUCUGACUCGGAAUUCCCUGAGAGCUCCUACUCUCAUGCCAAGGAAUUUCCUGCCCGCUCACAGGGCAGUAUGUCUGAUGAGGAGCCUGGGGCCCACUGGAAUGGAAGGCUACUCAGAUCCCAGUCCCAGGCCUCACUGACAGGCCCUGCUCCUGUGAGUCCGAGUACCAGGAGCACUAGCCUUCUGGAGCUGGCCCCCCAGGGAGCUUCCCCAGGGAGCACCAUUGACACUGCACCCCUGUCUUCAGUGGACUCACUCAUCAACAAGUUUGACGGUCACCAUGGGGGGCAGGCCCGGGGGCGGACUGGCCGGCGCAUGCGUACUCUGCCCCCUGAACAACGCAAGCGGAGCCAAAGCCUGGACAACCGGCUCCCACGGGAUACCGUUGAGGAACGGGAGCGUCGGUCCCCCAACCACUGGACUCCUAGCACAAAGCAUGACAGCCACAUGGGCAGCUCUAGGCAGUUGACCCAGAGCCAGAGCUCUCUUGGUGACUUUAGCCAUUCCCAUCAGACCCAGGACUGGGUUCUGCAGAGUUUUGAGGAGCCACGGGGGAGAGCCCAGGAUCCUGGCAUGCUGCAGUUCAAAUCAACUCCAGAUCUUCUCCGAGACCAGCAGGAGACAGCACCACCAGGCAGUGUGGACCAUGUGAAGGCCACCAUCUACAGCAUCCUGAGGGAGGGAAGCUCAGAAAGCGAAACGUCUGUGAGGAGGAAGGUCAGUUUGGUGCUGGAACAGAUGCAGCCUCUGGUGCAGAUGACUUCUCCUGUGUCUGCUAAGGCCCUGGCUGGGCAGAGCGAGCUCACCCGAAAAGUGGAGGAGCUGCAGCAAAAGCUGGAUGACGAGGUGAAGAAGCGACAAAAACUAGAGCCAUCCCAGGUUGGUCUGGAGCAGCAGCUGGAGGAAAAGGAAAAAGAGUGCAGCCGGCUGCAGCAGCUGCUGGAGAGGAAGCAAGGGGAGGCCCAGCAGAGCACCAAAGAGCUCCAGAACAUGAAGCUCCUUGUGGAUCAGGGUGAAAGGGUAAGACAUGGGCUGGAGACCCAAGUGAUGGAGCUGCAGGACAAGCUGAAACAGGCCCAGGGAUCAGAGUCUGCUAAGGAGGCGCUAAGAAAGGACCUGUCAGAGACCCGGCAGCUUCUGGAAGAGGUGUUGGAGGGGAAACAGCGGAUAGAGGAGCAGCUGAGACUGCGGGAGCGGGAGCUGACAGCCCUGAAGGGGGCCCUGAAGGAGGAGGUGGCCUCCCGUGACCAGGAGUUGGAAAGCGUCCGGCAGCAGUACCAGCGAGAUGCAGAACAGCUUCGCCAGAGUAUGCAGGAUGCCACCCAGGACCAUGCUGCCUUAGAGGUGGAGAGGCAGAAGAUGUCAACCCUGGUGCGGGAGCUGCAGAGGGAGCUGGAGGAGACCUCAGAGGAGACAGGGCAUUGGCAGAGCAUGUUCCAAAAGAACAAGGAGGAGCUUAGAGCCACCAAGCAGGAACUCCUGCAGCUGCGGAUGGAGAAGGAGGAGAUGGAAGAGGAGCUUGGGGAGAAGAUGGAUGUCUUACAGAGGGAGUUAGGGCAGGCCCGGGCUGGUGCUGCAGAUACUCGCCAAAUGGAGGAGCUCAAGAAGGAGCUGCGCCAGACCCAGUGGGAACUUAAGGAACUGAGAGAAGAGCAGCAGAGCCAGGAGGUGGCUGGGCACCACCGGGAGCAGGAGUUGGAGAAGCAGCUGAAGGUUGAGUCUGAUCGAGGUCGGGGGUUGGAACAGCAGAACCUCCAGCUACAAAAGAUCGUCCAGCAACUGAGACAGGACUGUGAAGAGGCUUCCAAGGCUCAGGCGGCAGCAGAGGCAGAGGUGGCAGUGCUGGGGCAGCGGCGGGCAGCCAUGGAAACCACACUUCGGGAGACCCAGGAGGAGAAUGACGAGUUCCGACGGAGCAUCCUGGGUCUGGAGCAGCAGCUGAAGGAGGCCCGGGGCCUGGCGGAAGGUGGGGAAGUGGCGGAGGCAAGGCUUCGGGGCAAGGUGCAGCGGCUAGAGGCUGAGAAACAGCGGCUGGAUGAGGCCCUGAAUGCAGCUCAGGAAGAGUCAGGGAGCCUGGCAGCUGCCAAGCGGGCACUGGAGGCCCGGUUGGAGGAGGCCCAGCGGGGGCUGGCCCGCUUGGGGCAGGAGCAGCAGGCACUGAACCGGGCUUUAGAGGAGGAGGGGAAGCAGCGGGAGGCACUCCGGCGGGGCAAGGCUGAGCUGGAGGAGCAGAAGCGCUUGCUGGACAAGACUGUUUGCCAGCUGAACAAAGAGUUGGAGCAGAUUGGGAAUGACUCUAAGCAGGCCCUGCAGGAGCUGCAGGCCCAGCUGGAGGAUUACAAGGAGAAGGCCCGGCGGGAGGUGGCGGAUGCCCAGCGCCAGGCCAAGGAGUGGGCCAGUGAGGCUGAGAAGAACUCAGGGGGGCUGAGCCGGCUUCAGGAUGAGACCCAGAGGCUACGGCAGGCCCUGCAGGCGUCUCAGGCUGACCGGGACACAGCCCGGCUGGACAAAGAGCUGCUGGCCCAGCGAUUGCAAGGGCUGGAGCAAGAGGCAGAGAGCAAAAAGCGUUCCCAGGAUGACAGGACCCGGCAACUCAAGGGUCUUGAGGGAAAUCGGGCUGCCCCACUGAGGAAUCGAUUCGGGGGUUUGUCAUCCUGCCAAGGGCCAAGACUAGAGCAGGCGCCACCACCCUCUCCCCUCAAUGCCACGCCUGGUCAGCAGAGGGUGCUAGCUCCGUGGUGGCUCUGGGCAGGGGCGAAGACAGCUGGUUGUGGGGACAUGGGAAACAGCAAGGAGAAAGUCUCACGGCUGGAAGCGGAAUUAGAUGAGGAGAGGAGCACCGUGGAGCUGCUGACAGAACGCAUGAAUCGUGGCCGGGACCAGGUGGACCAGCUGAGGGCAGAGCUCAUGCAGGAGAGGUCCGCUCGACAGGACCUGGAGUGUGACAAAAUCUCCCUGGAGAGACAGAACAAGGACUUGAAGAGCCGCUUGGCUAGCUCAGAAGGCUUCCAGAAACCCAGCGCCAGCAUCUCUCAGCUUGAAUCCCAGAAUCGGGAGUUGCAGGAGCGGCUGCAAACUGAAGAGAGGGAGAAGACUGUUCUGCAGUCUACCAACCGAAAACUGGAACGGAGGGUUAAAGAGCUGUCCAUCCAAAUCGAUGAUGAGCGGCAGCAUGUCAAUGACCAGAAGGACCAGCUAAGCCUGAGGGUGAAGGCUUUGAAGCGGCAGGUGGACGAAGCAGAAGAGGAGAUUGAACGACUCGAUGGCCUGAGGAAGAAGGCCCAGCGUGAGCUGGAAGAGCAGCAUGAGGUCAAUGAACAGCUCCAGGCCCGGAUCAAAACCCUAGAGAAGGACUCCUGGCGCAAAGCUUCCCGCUCAGCUGCUGAGUCAACCCAGCAUGAAGGGCUGAGCUCAGAUGAGGAAUAUGACAGCUUCUACGACCCUUCUUCCAUUGCAUCACUGCUUACGGAAAGCAACCUGCAGACCAGCUCUUGUUAGCUUGGAUCCACGAGGGACCAGAGACCACACUUGCAGCCUGCCCUGGCCAGGCCUGCACUGCCCUGCCAAGCCUCGAAUUCCUCAUUCCUGGAGGGGGAACCCAAUUAUUAAGCCCUAAGAACGGGAAGGGUAUGUGUGAUGGUAAUAAAAAAGGCAUUGGCACUAAGCCGGUGAACAGGCUUUCCCUUUCCUCUGGAGGAGUGGGUAUUUUAGGCCAACUGAGCCCUUCCCUUAAGUCUUUUUCUUCCCUCACAGCAAUAGGAUGGUCACCAUAGGGGGAUUGAGCAUGUUAGGAAGGGAUAGACAUUGCCACAUAUAUAAAGCUUUAUUUCUUUAACCCUUAACCCUCAGGCUCAGGGAAAUACCUUUGUGAUUUUUGCUCCCAUGACUCCUGCAGUAUGUUUUCCUCCCACUCUGGAGCAGGGUGAAGGGAACAUUAUGGAUAAUAGACACACUGGGGUGGCUCUAUCCAGCUCGUGGAUGCUCCUCUUUGCACAGUCAUGGGACCCAUAUGGUAGUCCCCACCCCUCUCCACUCCUUUAUAUUUUGUCUUCCUCAAGCCAGUGGAUCCAAGGGAUCUGUUCUCCCCUUCCUGUCUUCAUCAUCCUACCUUCCUUUCCUUUUGGUGCCUUAGACAGGGUGAGGAAAUAAGGAUGUUCUUCUUGCCUUCUAUACCUGCACAUUCAUACCUCUCCAAGGACCAAUCUUUCCCCCACCAGGGCCCUCAGCUUCCCCAGCUGCCCCAGUCUAGAGAGUUAUUGGCUCAUUUACUGAUGAGCCCUUGCGGGAGGGACUUUGGUAGGACUGUGAUAAGGUUGUGGGGCUUGGUUCUGCUCAGGGUUUCCAUGUUUCCUCCUGUCUUUCUGUGACUAUCGAUGUGUUUGUAAGGGAGUUGCAUCUGGGAACCCUGAUAACUGUCUGCAUGAGUUUGAAAAGCAGAGGUCUUUCUCGUGGCUUCUCUGACCCAGAUGUGCCCAACCUCAGUAGGGAAUCAGGGGAUCCUCAUUAUCUCAGGAGCUUGGACCUGACACAGGGCUUCCUGCCUAGGCCUAAAGAUGGACUCUUCGUAGAAAUGGGUAGAGGCAAUGGAAGAUUUAUUCCCCUCUUGGGUUUUGGGAAGAGCCAAGCCCUGGUAGGGAGGAGGUAAGCCUGCUUAUUUCCUGAGCGGGUUCUGUAAGGAGCCUAGGGGAAGAAGAAAGCUGUUUUCACCAAUGACUUGUAAUUUCAUGAUUUUUU